AUGUUCUGUCUCCUCAGCUUCACGUGGUCGGCGUCUCGUCUGGACCGGAACCUGAUCACGGUUUUGAGCGGUCAGGCAGUUGAGACAUUCGACAAACAGUUCCGUGACCUCUACAUGACCUCUAGGGGCGUGUCCCUCGCCAAGGUUCCGCUGGAGGAGGAGCCUAUCCCCGACUUCACCCCCACCGCCGCCCCCGCCCCUGUCUCCGCAGCCGUUGCUAGGAAACUCAUCAACCCUAAAUACGCCCUCGUUACGGCACAGGCUAAAGCUAACAAUGCUAGCCCAGCCAGCUCCGCUAACGACUCUAGCAACAAGAACUCCACUACCCAGAAUCCACUGGGACGGGUUCUAAAGCCUGCCAGAGAGCCAGUGGAGGCCCCGCCCCUCCACCCAGGACUAGCCAAUCUGGAGAAGGCGUACUUGAUCAUGUACCUGCCCACCUGGCCGGAGCCAGACCCUCCCAGCGACGUGAUUGGCUUCAUCAACGUGAGAGACGCGUCCCGCCCCCAACAGGUAUGUUACUCUCUACUGUUCCCCUUUCUCCUAACCCUAACCCUUUCUCCUAACCCUAACCCUUUCUCCUAACCCUAACCCUUUCUCCUAACCCUAACCCUUUCUCCUAACCCUAACCCUUUCUCCUAACCUUAACCCUUUCUCCUAACCCUAACCCGUUCUUCCUAACCUUAAAACCCUUUCUCCCUAACCCCUAACCCUAACGCCUUUCUCCUAACCUAACCCUUUCUCCGAACCUUAACCUUGUCUCCUAACCCUAGACCCUUUCUCCUAACCCUGAACCCUUGCCUCUACCUCCUAAACCUUAACCUUUCUCCUUAACCUUAACCUUCUCCUAACCUAAACCCUUUCUCCUAACCUUACCCUUUCUCCUAACCUAACCUUUCGCCUAACCUAAACCCCUUUCUCCUAACCUAACCCUUUCUCCUAACCCUAACCCUUUCUCCUAACCCUAACCCUUUCUCCUAACCCUUAACCCUUUCUCCUAACCUUAACCCUUUCUCCUAACCUUAACCCUUUCUCCUAACCCUAACCCUUUCUCCUAACCUUAACCCUUUCUCCUAACCUUAGCGUUGGACCUGACUGAUAAUGUAUCUGACCCUAACAGGUCCACCUCUCCCUUCAGUCUGCCUGAUAAACCCCUAACCCCUAACCUCUGACCCUAACAGGUCCACCUCUCCCUUCAGUCUGCCUGAUAAACCCCUAACCCCUAACCUCUGACCCUAACAGGUCCACCUCCAGAGAAGUCAACAGUUUGAGACCAGCCAGGCCAUCAGGUUCAGCUCUCCCUUCAGUCUGCCUGAUAAACCCCUACCUGAGACUGCUACACUACGGAACACACAGACACCUGAUACACAGACACCUGAUACACAGACACCUGAUACACAGACACCUGAUACACAGACACCUGAUACACAGACACCUGAUACACAGACACCUGACAUACAGACACAACCCCCCAAGCAGACACAACCCCCAAAGCAGACACAACCCCCCAAGCAGACACAACCCCCCAAGCAGACACAACCCCCAAAGCAGACACAACCCCCCAAGCAGACACAACCCCCCAAGCAGACACAACCCCCCAAGCAGACCCAACCCCCCAAGCAGACACAACCCCCCAAGCAGACACAACCCCCCAAGCAGACCCAACCAGACUCCCCUGAGGAAGACCUCUCCAAUACCCCACCUCAACAUCCAGUCAUACACACACCUACAGAGACACACACUGAUACACACACCCCCAGCCCUGAUACACCCCCCCCCAUCCCUGAUAAAAACACCCCCAGCCCUGAUACACACCCCCCCCAUCCCUGAUAAACACACCCCCAGCCCUGAUACACACCCCCCCAUCCCUGAUAAACACCCCCCCAGCCCUGACACCCCCAGCCCUGAUAAACACACCCCCAGGCCUGACACAUACCCCUCCACCCCUCCCAUCCCUAAACCUCGCACCCUGCAGCUCCUCCUUAGCCCCGCCCACUCUCACCAGUCUGGCCAACCACAGGUCAGCCUGAUCCCCAGGACCGACAGCCAAUCAGGGACACCGCUUGCCUCUAUCAGCCAAUCAGAAACACUGAUGGAUACCAAGUCCCGCCCCGGACAGAGAGAAGAGAAAGAGGAGGAGGAGGGGCUAGAGGAGGAGGAGGGGCUAGAGGGGAGGAGGAGCAGUAGCAGCAGUCGUCAUGAUGACGCAGACAGCACCACGGCGCUAUGUGACCAGACAGCCAAUGACAACGCGUCGUCUGACGACUCCUACUACGAGUGCGAUGAAUCAGACCCCACAGAACCCUCGCUGGUGGCCAAUGGGGUAACAGCAGGGUUGGGCCGGGUUGGCGAGGGUCAUCGUCAUGGAGACAGGGUCAACGUGAUGGCGAGGUUCUCCCAGAGCAUGCUGGACCUUCGGCCUCGCAGCCAAUCAGACGACAGGGGCGUUCUAAUGAACCAAUCACAGGACCGAAGGGGCCAACAGACACGCCCACCGCCACACAGACACAUCGGACAGGUGAGAGACACACAAACACUCAAACCAGGGUUUAAUAACCCUAACUAGGAGUGGUCAAGAUCAGCCAUAGGGGUCAAAAAGGUCCGGUCCAUGAGGCCAUAGGGGUCAAAAAGGUCCGGUCCAUGAGGCCAUAGGGGUCAAAAAGGUCCGGUCCAUGAAGCCAUAGGGGUCAAAAAGGUCCGGUCCAUGAAGCCAUAGGGGUCAAAAAGGUCCGGUCCAUGAAGCCAUAGGGGUCAAAAAGGUCCGGUCCAUGAAGCCAGAGGGGUCAAAAAGGUCCGGUCCAUGAAGCCAUAGGGGUCAAAAAGGUCCAUGAAGCCAGAGGGGUCAAAAAGGUCCGGUCCAUGAAGCCAUAGGGUCAAAAAGGUCCGGUCCAUGAAGCCAGAGAGGUCAAAAAGGUCCCGUCCAUGAAGCCAUAGGGGUCAAAAAGGUCCAUGAAGCCAGAGGGGGUCAAAAAGGUCCGGUCCAUGAGCCAUAGGGGUCAAAAAGGUCCCGUCCAUGAAGCCAUAGGGGUCAAAAAGGUCCAUGAAGCCAGAGGGGUCAAAAAGGUCAGGUCCAUGAAGCCAUAGGGUCAAAAAGGUCCGGUCCAUGAAGCCAGAGGGGUCAAAAAGGUCCGGUCCAUGAAGCCAGAGGGGUCAAAAAGGUCCCGUCCAUGAAGCCAUAGGGGUCAAAAAGGUCCGGUCCAUGAAGCCAUAGGGGUCAAAAAGGUCCAUGAAGCCAUAGGGGUCAAAAAGGUCCGGUCCAUGAAGCCAUAGGGUCAAAAAGGUCCGGUCCAUGAAGCCAUAGGGUCAAAAAGGUCCGGUCCAUGAAGCCAGAGGGGUCAAAAAGGUCCCGUCCAUGAAGCCAUAGGGGUCAAAAAGGUCCAUGAAGCCAUAGGGGUCAAAAAGGUCCGGUCCAUGAAGCCAUAGGGGUCAAAAAGGUCCCGUCCAUGAAGCCAUAGGGGUCAAAAAGGUCCAUGAAGCCAGAGGGGUCAAAAAGGUCCGGUCCAUGAAGCCAUAGGGUCAAAAAGGUCCGGUCCAUGAAGCAGAGGGGUCAAAAAGGUCCCAUGAAGCCAUAGGGGUCAAAAAGGUCCAGAGCCAUGAAGUCCAUACGGGGUCAAAAAGGUCCGGUCCAUGAAGCCAAGGGUCAAAAAGUCCGGUCCAUGAAGCCAAGGUCAAAAGGUCCGGUCCAUGAAGCCAAGUUGAUAGUGUGUCAAACCAAAGGUGCCGGUUCAUGAAGCCAGGAGUUAAAUGUCCGGUCAUGAAGCCAGAGAGUUGAUAGUGUCCGGUCCAUGAGCCAGAGGAGUUAUAGUCCGGUCUACAUGCAAGGCCCAGAAGCAGUUGAUAGUCCGGUUCAUGAAGCCAGGCAAGUUGAUAUGUCCGGUUCAUGCGGCCAGAGAGUUGAUAUGUCCGGUUCAUGAGGCCAGAGAGUUGAUAUGUCCGGUUCAUGAAGCCAGAGAGUUGAUAUGUCCGGUUCAUGAAGCCAGAGAGUUGAUAUGUCCGGUUCAUGAAGCCAGAUUGUUGAUAUGUCCGGUUCAUUGAGCCAGAGAGUUGAUAUGCCCGGUUCAUGAAGCCAGAGAGUUGAUAUGUCCGGUUCAUGAAGCCAGAGAGUUGAUAUGUCCGGUUCAUGAAGCCAGAGAGUUGAUAUGUCCGGUUCAUGAAGCCAGAGAGUUGAUAUGUCCGGUUCAUGAGGCCAGAGAGUUGAUAUGUCCGGUUCAUGAGCCAGAGAGUUGAUUGUCCGCCAUGAGCAGAGAGUUGAUAUGUCCCGGUUCAUGAGGCCAGAGAGUUGAUAUGUCCGGUUCAUGAGGCCAGAGAGUUGAUAUGUCCGGUUCAUGCGGCCAGAGAGUUGAUAUGUCCGGUCCAUGCGGCCAGAGAGUUGAUAUGUCCGGUUCAUGAGGCCAGAGAGUUGAUAUGUCCGGUUCAUGAAGCCAGAGAGUUGAUAUGUCCGGUUCAUGAAGCCAGAUAGUUGAUAUGUCCGGUUCAUGAAGCCAGAGAGUUGAUAUGUCCGGUCAUGAAGCCAGAGAGUUGAUAUGUCCGGUCCAUGAAGCCAGAGAGUUGAUAUGUCCGUUCAUGAGCCAGAGAGUUGAUAUGUCCGGUUCCAUGAAGCCAGAGAGUUGAUAUGUCCGGUCCAUGAAGCCAGAGAGUUGAUAUGUCCGGUCCAUGAAGCCAGAGAGUUGAUAUGUCCGGUUCAUGAAGCCAGAGAGUUGAUAUGUCCGGUUCAUGAAGCCAGAGAGUUGAUAUGUCCGGUUCAUGAAGCCAGAGAGUUGAUAUGUCCGGUUCAUGAAGCCAGAGAGUUGAUAUGUCCGGUUCAUGAAGCCAGAGAGUUGAUAUGUCGGUUCAUGAAGCUAGAGAGUUGAUAUGUCGGUUCAGAAGCCAGAGAGUUGUAUGUCCGGUUCAUGAAGCCAGAGAGUUGAUAUGUCCUGGUUCAUGAAGCCAGAGAGUUGAAUAAUGUCCGUUCAUGAAGCCAGAGAGUUGAUAUGUCCGGUUCAUGAAGCUAGAGAUUGAAUAUGUCCGGUUUCAUGAAGCAGAGAGUUUGAUAUGUUCCUGGUUCAUGAAGCCAGAGAGUUGAUAUGUCCAGGUUUCAUGAAGCCAGAGUUGUAUAUGAUCCGGUUCAUGAAGCAGAGAGUUGAUAUGUCCUGGUUCAUGAAGCCAGAGAGUUACUAUGUGGAUCUAUGUUAAGCUAAAUCCAGCGUGGAAAAAGUAUUCUAGUAGCCACCAAUUGUUGCAUUCUCCGGCAUUAAGAAGUUGGAUAUGCUGUGAAGCCAAUCAUGUUACCAAAUGAGAAAGAUUACAAAUCAUCGAAAAUCACAGUGGAUUUUUAAUGAUUGAUUUGCAAUUUGUCGGAAAAAAGUGAUUUGUCAAACCAAAGUCUUCAAUACUUGUUUUAUAUACUCUUUGUUGGCAAUGACACAGGUCAACGUUUUCUGUAAGUCUUCACAAGGUUUUCACACACCUGUUUGCUGGUAUUUUGGCCCAUUCCUCCAUGCAGAUCUCCUCUAGAGCAGUGAUGUUUUGGGGCUGUCGCUGGGCAACAGACUUUCAACUCCCUCCAAAGAUUUUCUAUGGGGUUGAGAUCUGGAGACUGGCUAGCCACUCCAGGACCUUGAAAUGAUUCUUACGAAGCCACUCCUUCGUUUGCCCGGGCGGUGUGUUUGGGAUCAUUGUCAUGCUGGAAAGACCCAGCCAUGUUUCAUCUUCAAUGCCCUUGCUGAUGGAAGGAGGUUUUCACUCAAAAUCUCACGAUACAUGGGCCCCAUUCAUUCUUUCCUUUACACGGAUCAGUCGUCUGGUCCCUUUGCAGAAAAACAGCCCCAAGCGUGAUGUUUUCCACCCCCAUGCUUCACAGUAGGUAUGGUGUUCUUGGAUGCAACUUAGCAUUAUUUGUCCUCCAAACACGACGAGUUGAGUUUUUACCAAACAUUUCUAUUUUGGUUUCAUCUGACCAUAUGACAUUCUCCCAAUCCUCUUCUGGAUCAUCCAAAUGCACUCUAGCAAACUUCAGAUGGGCCUGGACAUGUAACUGGCUUAAGCAGGGGGACACGUCUUGCACUGCAGGAUUUGAGUCCCUGGCGGCGUAGUGUGUUACUGAUGGUAGGCUGUGUUACUUUGGUCCCAGCUCUCUGCAGGUCAUUCACUAGGUCCCCCCGUGUGGUUCUGGGAUUUUUGCUCACCGUUCUUGUGAUCAUUUUGACCCCACGGGGUGAGAUCUUGCGUGGGAGCCCCAGAUCGAGGGAGAUUAUCAGGGGUUUUUUGUAUGUCUUCCUUUUCCUAAAAUUGCUCCCACAGUGAUUUCUCAAACCAAGCUGUUUAAACUAGGGGAACCUAUUCAGUUUUCCCCCCUGGUGGGGUUUUCCCUUUUUGUUUCUGGUUUUCCUUUGACAGUUUUUUGGUUUUGGCCUAGGGGGGAAUUUUGGGAGUGGGGACUUUUUGGGGUUUGGGGAAAGGUUUUUUUUACAAAAACAAGUUCAAACAGGUGCCUUUUAAUACAGGAAACGAGGGGAAAGGGACAGAGGGCCCUUAAAAAGAAUUUAAAAGGGUCUUGAGAGCCAAAAAUCUUGCUUUUUGUGGGGUGAAAAAUACUAUUUUAAAACCUUUAAUUUGCAAAAUAAAUUAAUUAAAAGAUCCAAAAUGGGGGUUUUUUCUGGUUUUUUUCCCUAAAAUUUGGGCCCUGUCAAAAGUUGCCCGGCCCUAUGAAAAAAUUACGGGCCCUUUCUCUUUAUUUUUAAGUGGGAAAAACUCCCCAAAAUUGGGGUGACAAAAAUUUUCCCCCCCCAAAUGUAUCUGUGGUAGUUAUGUAUUAUGUCCUAGGGUAUUGGUCUAUAAAAUAUCUCGAGUUCAGGGUAUUUUAUGGGCCUCCGUUUUGUUUUUGGGGUCAUGACUAUCUUCGGGGUUUAGGGUAUUUUUAGUCCUAAUCCCUGCUUUGAGUCUAUAGAUAUCUCUGGGGUUCUAUGGUUAUUUAUAGUCCCUUCCCGCUGUGUUGCCCUUUAUAGACUAUCUUAAAGUUCAAAUGGUAUUUAAGUCCUAUGGGGGGGUUUUUUAUGGGACACUCUGAGUUCAUGGUAUUUUAUAGCCUUAUGUUUGUAUUGGUCUAUGACAUCCCCGAUUUAUUUAGGUAGUUAUAGUUACUGGGUUGGUUUAUGGGAAUUUUAAAAGUUUUAGGGUAGUUUUUAAGCCUACUGCUGUGUUGGUCUUAGAUUUACUCUGAUUUUUGGUUUUUAAAAAGUCUAUGUGUUUUGGUUUUUUGGGAAUAUCCUAGCUAGGGGAGUUAAGCUACUGCUGAUUGGCUAAGAUACCUGGGGUCUAGGGGUUAGUUAUAGUUUACUGCUUUUUUGGUCUAUAGACAUCUCUAAAGUUUUUAGGGUAUUUUAGUUACUGUUUGGUUUUGGUCUAUAGAAUUUUGAGUUCUAUGGUAGUUAUAGCCCCUAGGGCUUGGGUGGUCAUAGCUAUCUCGAGUUCUAGGGUAUUUAAGUCCUACUCCCUGCUUGGGCUAUAAAAUAUCUUGGGGUUCUAGGGUUUAGUUUUAUAGUCCAGGUGUUUUGGUUGGGCCCAUCUCAAAGUUUUAGGGUUUAGUUAAGUCCUACUGCUGUGUUUGGGUCUAUAACUAUCUCUGUUUCUAUGGUAGUUUUUAGUCCUAUCCCUGUUUUGGUCUAAGACUAUUUUCUGAGUUCUAUGGGAGUAUGGGCCAAACUGGGGUUUUGGCUAAAAAAACUACUCUGAGUUUUUAUGGUAUUUAUAGUCCUACUCCCUUGUUUUUGGUCAUAAAUACUCGGGUUUUCUAGGGGUAGUUAUAGUCCUACUGCGUUUGUUAAACCUUGACUAUUUUGAGUUCUAGUAUUUUAUAGCCCACUGCUUGUUGGUUAUAGACAUCUCGAUUCUAUGGUAUUUAUAGCCUAAUGCUGUUUUGGGCUAUGGGGAAUCUCUGAGUUUAUGGUUUUAUAGCCCUUUACUGCGGUUUUGGUAUAUAGAAAAAUUCGGAGUUUUUAUAGAGUUAUAGUCCUACCCCAAAAAAAUUGGUUUAUAGACCAAAAUUUCCCUUUUGGAGUUUUUGGGUAGUUAUGGGCCUUGAGAUUGGUCUAUAGGCUAUUUUGAGUUUAGGGAGUUUUUAGUUACUGCUGUGUUGGUCUUGGGACUUUUCUCUGAUUCUAUGGUAGUUAUAGUCCUACCCCUGAUUGGUUAAGACUAUCUCUGGGUUCUAGGAGUUAAGUUUUACGCUUUUAUGGUCUAUAGAUAUCCUGAUUUUCCCUAUGGUAGUUAUUUUCCUACUGCUGUUUUUUGGGUUCUAUAGAUUUUCUCUGAUUUCUAGGGUUUAGUUUAGCCCAAAGGGGGUUUUGGUCAUAAAAUAUCUCGAGUUCUUUUGGAGUUAUAGUUACUGUUGGGGGCCUUUUUGGGUUUUUUAAGACUAUCUCUGAGUUUAGGGAAAUUUAUUAGCCCAAGCGUUUUGGGUCUAUAGACUAUCUUGAUUUUAAAUGGGAUUUAACCCUAUGCUGGUUGGUUAUGGACUAUCUCGGGUUUAUGGUGGGAAAUUCCUAUUUUUUAUUGGCUAUGGGACAUCUCUGAGUUCUAUGGUAUUUAUAGCCUACGCGUGUUGGUCUAUAGACUAUCUUGAUUUCUAGGGUUUUAUGGGCCCUACUGCGUUUGGUCUAUGGGCCAUCUUGAUUUCUACGGUUUUAUUUUAUGCCUACUGCUUUUUGGUUUAUAGAAUUUUCUCUGGGGUUCAUGGUAGUUAUAGUCCUACUGGGUGGGGGUCUAUAGACUUUUGGGGGUUUCUAUGGUAUUUAAUUUUGUUUACGGUUUGUAUUGGUCUUUUAGACUAUCUCGGAUUUCUAUGGUAGAUAUUUCCUACUGCGGGUUUUGGACCAAGACUAUCUCUGUUUUCUAUGAUUUAUAUUCCUAUUUGGGGGGUUUUGGUUAUGGGGAAAAAUCUUGGUUCUAUGGUAGUUAAGUCCUAUGCUGUUUUGACCUAAAAACCUGUCUCUGAGUUCAGGGUUUAUUUAUAGUCCUACUGCUUUUGGACCUAUGGGGAUUUAUUCUGAUUUCUAUGGUGUUAUAGCCUCUGCGUUUUUGGUUAUAGAUACUUGGGGUUUAGGGUUUAGUUAGUCUACGGCUGUUUUGGGUUUCUAUAGACUAUCUCUGAGUUCAGGGUAUUUAUAGCCCUACUGCUGUUUUUGGUUAUAAAACACUCUGAGUUUUGGAAAUUUUUAUAGUUCUGCGGGGUUGGUUAUGGGACUACUUGAGUUCUAUGGAAAGUUUUUUAGUCCUACUGGGGGGUUUUUGGGGUCUAAGAAAUCUCGGGGAUUUAUUUUUAGUUAUAGGCUCCCUGGGUAGGGGUUUCAAAGGACAUUCUGAGUUUUUAGGGUAGUUUGGGCCUACUGGUUUUGGUCUAUAGACAUUUUGAGUUUUUAUGGUAGUUAUAUUUCCUACUGCUGCUUUGGUCAUGGGACUACUCUGAUUUUAUAGGGGAUUUAAAGUCCAAAUGGGAUUGGUCAAAUAGACUUCCUGAGUUUUUAGGGGAGUUUUUAGUCUAUUGCUGUUUUUGGUCUAUGGGGCUUUUCCUGAGUUCUAGGGUAGUUAUAGUCCAAUUGCUGUGUUGGUUUUAUAGGACUAUCUUUUGAGUUCUUUUGGUAGUUAUAGUCUACUGCUUUGUUUUGGUUAUAGACUAUCCUGAUUUAUGGUGUUUUUGGGCCCUUUAGGUUUGUUUGGGUUUCUAUUAGAAUAUUCUCUGAGUUUUAUGGGGGGAUAGUCCUACUGCUGAAAUUGGUUUUAUAGACUUCCCCUUGGUUCUUUUGGUAGUUAUGCCCUUUUAAGCGUUUUGGUUAUUUUUUGGGAUUUCUCGGAUUUCUAUGGUAGUAUUUUCCCUAUUUCCCGGGUUUUGGGGUCUUUUAGCCCUAUCUCUGAGUUCGGGGGUUUAGUUAUAUUUCCUACUGCUGGGGGCCCAUGGGGACUAUUUUGAGUUUAGGAGUUAAUUUCCUACUGCUGUAUUGGUCUAUAAAAUAUUUGAUUCUUUUGGUAUUUAUAGUCUACUGCUGGUUGGUUAUGGGACUACCCCUGAGUUUAUGGUAGUUUUUGCCCUACGGCGGGGUUUUGGUCUUUUAGACUAUCUCUGAUUCCCUAUGGUAUUUAAAAUUUUCCUACUGCGGUGUUGACCAUAGACUUCUCGAGUUCUAGGUAGUUAUAGUCCUACGGCGGGUAUUUUUCCUAUAGACUAUCUCGGGUUUCUAUGGUUUAUUUAUAGUCCUACUGCUGUGUUGGUCUAUGGGACUAUCUCUGAUUUCUAUGGUAGUUUAGCCCUACUGCUGGUUUUGGUCAUGGGCCCUAUUCUGAGUUUUUGGGUUUAGUUAUGGGCUAAUGCUUUUUGGGGCUAUAGCUAUUUGGGUUCGGAGGGGGUAGUUUAGUCCUACUGGUUUUGGUUAUAGACAAAUCUCGAGUUCUAGGGUUUUAGUUAAAAGUCCACGGCUGCAGGGUCAAGGAUACUAUGAUUUUCUAUGGUAGUUUUAUUCCUACGCUUUUUUGGGCUAUAGACUAUCCUGAUUUCUAGGGGUUGGGUUAUAGUCCUACCUUUUGGUUUUAAGACUAUCUUUUAAAUUCUAGGGUUUAGUUAUAGUCCUCGCUUUGUUGGUCUAUAAAAUAUCUCGAGUUCUAGGGUAUUUUAUUAAGCCCUAAUGGUAUUGGUUAUAAAACAUUUUGAUUUCCCUAUGGUAUUUCAAGUCCACUGCUGGGGGUUUUCUAUGGGAAUAUCUUUGGCUUGGUAUUUAUAUCCUAUGCGCUUUGGGCUAUAGACUUUUCUGAGUUCUUAUGGAGUUAUAGUCCUAGCUGGGUUGGGAUAUAGACAUCUCUGGUUCUAUGGUAGUUAUGCCAAAUGCGCUUUGGGCCUAUAAAAUUCUUGAUUUCUUGGUUAGUUAUAGUCCUACUGCGGGUUUUUGGUCUAUAGUUUUCCGGGAGUUUAGGGUGUUUAUUUCCUACGGUUUGUUUUGGUCUUGGGACUUUUCUCUGGGUUGCAGGGUAGUUUUUAGUCCUUACGCGUGGGGGUUUAUGGGGACUAUCCUAGUUUAUGGUUGUUAUAGUCCUACUGCUGUGUUGGUCUAUGACUAUCUCUGAUUCAUAGUAUUUAUAGUUACUGUGUUUUGGGGUUAUAGACUAUCUCUGAGUUCUAAGGUAGUUUUUUUCCCUACUGCGGGGGGUUUAUAUUUGUUUUUUAAAUUGGUUCUAUGGGUAUUUAAAUUUUCCUACGGCUGUUUUGGGUUUAAUGAAUUUUCUCGAGUUUAGGGGUUAUUAUAUUUCCUACUGCUGUUUUGGGUUAUAAAAUAUCUCGGAUUUCUAUGGGAGUUAUAGUCAAAAUGCGUUUUUGGUUAUGGGUAUCUCUGAUUUAUUUUGGUAUUUGAUAGUCCAAAUGUGUUGGGGUUUAAAUAAAAUUUUUUGGAGUUCAAAUUUCUUUCCUUCCUCUUUUAUCCUUCCUCUUCUUUUCCUUUUCUCUCUCUUCCCCUUCUUUCCCCUUCCCUCCCUUUUUCCCAUUUUUUUAGCCCCCAGGGGGAUAAACCAGUAUCAAUGGUCCAUAUGGUAGAGGCUGGGCUCUAAAGCAAAUUUGAAUUUUUAUAUUUUAUUUUUUUUUUAUGUUUAAACCAGGUGACAAGAAAAAAAAAAAAGGGAAUUUAUAUUGAAAUAAAACUUUUCCCAAAAGAAAAGGGGCAUUUUAAAAAAUUUUUCCAAACGGGCUGGGGAUGGGUAGAAAAAGGGGUAGGAUGAAUAAAAAUUGGGUUUUUAGGGGGGACUGGGUCAGUGUGGGAUGGGCUGGGGGUUACCUGGGUUGGGGUGUGGGGGAAAUUUUGGGCUCAGUGUGGAUGGGCUGGGUGUUACCGGGGGGUUGGGGUUUUGUGGGGGAAAUCUAGACGUGGGAGGGGCGGGGGGUACCGGGGGGGGGGGUCUGAGGUUUUUUUGGGGGGGGAUCUAGCUAGGGGGAAAGGGGCGGGGUGUUCCCGGGUUGGGGUGGGGGGGAUCUAGAUAAGUGUGGAGGGGCGGGGGGUUAAACCUGGGUUGAGGUGGGGGUUUAGGGGUUUAGUUUCCUGUGGAUGGGCUGGGUUUUUUAAACCGGGUUUCCUGAUUUUGUGGGGGGAUCUAGCCCGGGUGUGGCGGGGUGGGUUUACCGGGGGUCUGAGGGGGUUAGGGGAUCUAGUUUCGGGGUUUUGGAGGGGCUGGGUGUUACCGGGUCGGGUGUGGGGGGAUUAGUCAUUUGUGGAGGGGCGGGGGGUUUUCCCUGGGUCUGGGGUUUGUGGGGGUUAAAGGCUCAGUGUGGAGGGGCGGGGUUUUAAACCGGGGGUAUAAAGGGUUUAGGGGUUUCAGUCAGUGUGGAGGGCUGGGUUUUUAAAGGGGGCGAGGGUUUUUUUUUAGGGGAUUGCUGGGGGUUGGGGAUGGGCUGGGUUUUAAUGGGUUGAGGGGUGGGGGAUCUAGCCAGGUGGAGGGGGGGGUGUUCCCGGGGCUGAGGUUUUUUAGGGGAUUAGUCGUUGGAUGGGUGGGUGUUCCCGGGGGGUGUGGGUUUAGGGGAUCUAGAUCAGUGGGAUGGGCUGGGGGGUUACCUGGGUAGGGGGUAGGGGAUUGGGUCAGUGUGGAGGGGGCGGGUUUUUAAACCUGGGUUGAGGUGUAGGGGAAAUUAGCCCAGUGUUGGAGGGCCCGGGUGUUACCGGGUUGAGGUUUGUAGGGGAUUUUAGCUCAGUGGGGGAUGGUUUGGCUUUUCCCUGGGCUGAGGUUUUGUGGGGGGGGACCCUCGGAAUAAAAAAAAGGGACCCUGGGGUACGGCUUGGGGGGAUAAGAAAAGGUUGGGAAAAGGCCUUUUGUCGGGGGGUGAAAAAAAGGGGUUUAUCCUGGUGGUUGCCGGCGGGGGUUUUAAAGGGAAAAAAAAAAAAAAUUUGUAAGGUAUAAAAAAUAAAACCUGGGGUUUUGGGGCGGGAAAAAAAAGGGUAAUUACCGGGUAAGAGUCCGAUCAUCCCGGCAGGUGAGAAUAUAA